UCUCCGCCAUUUCCGGCAUAAACACAUGCAUGGUCCAAGCUACGAAAACAUGAGAGGUCAAAAGUUAUGAUCCCAAUCUACAGCAGAACCGGAACGUAACACACAAACAUGGCCAGUUCCAUGGUGGCAGUGGGACUGGCUCUGGCUGCAGCUGGAUUUGCAGGUCGAUAUGCCAUGCAGGCUAUUAAGCAGAUGGAGCCUCAGAUGAAACAGGCCCUUCAGAGCUUCCCCUCAACGGCUUUCGGGGGAGGGUACUAUAAAGGUGGAUUUGAUCCAAAGAUGUCCAAGAGAGAAGCUUCCCUGGUUUUAGGUGUCAGUCCCACAGCCAACAGGAAUAAGAUCAGGGAGGCACAUAGAAAACUGAUGAUUCUCAACCAUCCUGACAGAGGUGGAUCUCCCUACUUAGCAGCGAAGAUAAACGAAGCAAAGGAUUUACUGGAAGGCCAGACAAAGAAACAAAUGUGAAGGUGCAGGGGAUGACCCAGACUUGAUUUCACACUGCUCCUCUCCAUGCUGUUGCACUGCACUUGACUUGAGCCAUUACCAGACUUUUCUAAUUGUUCUCAAAUAAAAUCACGCUGUAUAACUUGUUAA